AUGGGGCUGGGGAACAGCUUUUUCCUUGCCCUCUACACCCUCUUCAACUUCAGCCUGGUCAUGAAGCUCUUCAAGAGCCCCAUCUCGGCCUCCUCCCCAGCCCUGAUGCACCUGGGCCAGAGAAAGGCGUUGAAGGUCUCCACCUCCUACCUGGGUUCCCUUCCCUCCGUUAUUCCAUGUACGAAGUCCCAGGCAAAACUGGGCUCCUGCCGGGACCAGGCUGAGUACUUGGAUACGUGGUUGCUUGCUCGACACCUCCCAUCAGUUUUCAGGAAAUACUACUAUGGUGAGCCCUUGGGCGGCCACCCCUGCUCAACAGAAGCAACCCCUGGCCUCCCCAACCUUGGCCUCAACACGAACCUCCUGUUGAACUCGUCAGUCGGCCGCUCGCUGUGCCCUCAGAACCAGACUGGCGGGCACGAGCUGGUGCACUACGGUCAGGAGACAGCCGUGCCGAGCCUCAUGCAUAUGCUGGGGACCUUCUGGCUAGGCCACACCCUCUACCAGUUCAAGAAGAGCCCCUACCUGCAAGGCCACGUUUGGGAGAUCCUGUCUGACUGUGCGCUGCCCAUCUUGGUGCUCACCUUCUCCCUUGUGGGCUCCUAUUUCUUCUGGGAAAUCGAGAAUGCGGUUCCAGCAGGAGGAAGCAGUGCCAGAGACUGGGGACCCCAGACUCAGAGAAGCAGUACGGCCUAGUGGAGAAAGCCUGGGAGUCAAAAGGACCUGGGUUCUAAUCCCGGCUUCUCCA